AUGCAGUCCCCCACCAGAAGUAUGACACUCCAAGAAAAAAUGUUUGCUCUCGUUCUGGCGUUUCUGGUUGUGGCCGUCCAGGCUUCCACUACCUGUCGAUGCUUCCCUGGUGAUGCUUGUUGGCCGUCUGAGAAUGUUUGGGCCAAGUUUAACCAGACAAUUGAUGGCCAACUGGUGAAGACAGUCCCAUUGGGUUCCCCAUGCCAUGUGCCCAAUUACGAUGCUGCUGAAUGUAAUACUCUGCGCGAUGCAUGGAUAGUCCCAGAGGGACAUUACGAGUCCUCCUCAUCCGUGAUGGCCCCAUUCUUUGCCAAUGGUACUUGUGACCCCUUCCACCCAAUCUCAAAGCCUUGUACCUUGGGAAAUUAUGCCGUCUACGCGGUCAAUGUCACUACCCCGGAUCAAAUCUCUAAGGCGAUUCAAUUUGCGACUAAGCACGAUAUUCGCAUCGUGGUGCGUAACACUGGUCAUGAUUACAGUGGAAAGUCUACAGGCGCGGGAUCCCUCGGUAUUUGGACACAUUAUCUCAAGGAUCUCGAAAUUCAUGACUACAAAGACCGUCAUUACACCGGCAAGGCGAUCACUAUGGGGGCAGGUAUCCAAGGAUUUGAGGCCUACGAGGCUGCCGAAGAAGCAAAUUUGCAAGUUGUUGGCGGCGAGUGUUCUACAGUUGGUCUUGCCGGAGGUUAUAGUCAGGGUGGAGGCCAUUCGGCUCUCGCCUCGCGCUACGGACUAGGUGCAGAUCAAGUCUUGCAGUGGCAGGUAGUGGAUGGGAAGGGCAAUUUGAUCACCGCCACCCGCGACAACGAGUAUUCUGAUAUGUACUGGGCCUUGAGCGGUGGUGGUGGUGGCACCUUUGGUGUUGUGGUAUCCAUGACUUCCAAGGCACACCCUGGCACCCCUAUAUCGGGUUUCAACUUGACAUUCACGAACGACCAGCUCUCCCAGGAUACCUUCUAUGAGGCGAUUGCGCGAUGCGGGCGCGAUGAGCAUUUGGUUCUACACCAACACCACCUUUGCGAUUUCCCCCUGACCGGUCCUAACAUUCCAGAAGCCAAGCUUCUCUCACUGGUCAAGCCAUUCAUUGAUGAUCUGAAGGAGCUGGGCAUCAAGCCAACCGUAUACUCGAAGCAAUUCCCCAGCUAUCUCAGCCAAUUUAAUGGCAUGCAACGGGAAAUUGAAGUUGGCGAGGCCCAGUACGGUGGCUGGCUCAUUCCACGAUCGGUGGUGCAAAAGAAUAGCAAAGCUCUUAUGACCACGUAUCGCCAAAUCACUGAAGAUGGCGCUACCGUCAUUGGUGUGGGACUCAACGUUUCCAGGGAGGUGACCGGGGAUGUGAAGAACUCGGUACUCCCUGCCUGGCGUGAUGCCUUGAUUACGACAACAAUCUCCACUCCUUGGAAAUGGAACGCGCCCGAGGAAAUGCUGGCAGAUCAGCGGAAAAUGACAAAUUCGUACAUUGCCCAAUUGACCGCACUGGCUCCGAACUCUGGGGCAUACAUGAAUGAGGCCGACUUUCAUCAGCCCAAUUUCCAGAAAUACUUUUUCGGUCGAAACUACCCUGCACUGCAGAAGAUCAAGGCGAAAUACGAUUCUAACGGCAUCUUUUAUGCUAAGACCGCAGUUGGCUCCGAGGCUUGGGAGGAGCGACAGGACGGCAGACUCUGUCGCGCCGAUCAGAGUUCUCAAAUGUUUGGAUAUGAAAAAGAUCUGUAG